UUUUUGAGGGAGUAAAUGGGAGAUUCGACAGAACAAAUGCACGUGGGCGACGAACCCGGCUCUCUGGGGGCCGUGUUGCGGCGGCUGCAGUGCCUCGCGUGCCGCCAGCUGAUGAGCGGCGAGGGCGGCAUCGAGCUGUGCGGGGGCGGGCACAGCGUGUGCGGGAGGUGCCGCUCGCGGGCGCAGCUCUGCCCGCGCUGCGGCACGCACUUCCUGGGCGUGCGCAACCGCCUGGCGGAGGGCAUCGCCAGCCAGUUCGGGAAGUGCGCGCACCCGGAGUGCCAACACAUCGGCCUGCGCGCCGGCCUCCUGGCGCACGAGGUCGCCUGCAGCUUCCGGCUCAUCCAGUGCAUGGAGUGCUCAGUGCACGUUCGCUUCCUGGACCUCAAAACGCACUACGAAAAGGAACACGACGGAACGGUCGUGAGCCAGGUUCGCCACUCGUCCCUUCUCGCAACACGAAACAAAAAGUUCCAGCUGAUUGAGUGGUCGGGGAAGUAUUUUUGGUUUUGGAAACACAAGACGAACAAGCUGAUGUACAUGGGUGUUCAUGCCGCUGAAAAAUACGAUGAAGUAUUCAAGUGCGCGUUGAAGUUGGAGAGUAAAGACAAAAGCAGAGAGCUCAGCUUGAAACUGCCUGUUCACGAGAGCCAUGAACACGCAGAGUUUCAAGGGAACUUCUUGAAGUGCCGGAAAUGCUCAAUGGUUACUCUAGCUUCGGCGAAGGAGACGAACUAUAGCGUAGAUAUUAUGAGGUAACAGUGCUAUUUAUGUACUUAACAUACACUUCAAGUAAAUGUAUUUAUUAUUAUUUAAAAUAAAGUUUUUAUUUUC